AUGACUAUUUUCAUACUGUUUUUUAUUAUUAUCAAUCGAACGACACCUUGGACGGGAUCCAAGGGACGAGAAGCUCUGAUACACGAAGAUGAUGUGUUCGGCGGGAAACAAUGUGGAUGGAGGAGAGCAGUUCGAACAUCGUCAACAUAUAACGAUGUUAUCGCUGCGUCAGACAGUUACGCGGGAUUUACGCGGGGUAAACAGGAGAUGCGGCCAUACCGAAAAGAUCAGGGAGCAAGCCAACUUCAGUACACCGUCGAUUCAUCGAUCAGUUUUCGUAACACGCAUACGUUAACUACUAAAUCCGAUCAUCUCAUCGCUUUGUUAAUCGGACUGAAAGAUUACAUCGAACAUGAGAAUAAUUCAGAUUAUGUGAAUGACAUAAAUGAAGAGCCGCAUGAAAAUUAUACCUUCAAUUUAGAGUCUAAUAAAGACGAUUUUAAUGAAAUAAAGGAGCUACGGAAAUGGUUAGUAUCACCUAGAAUACCUCAUCUGCACAGUGAUAAGUUAUUACAAAUAUUAAGGCAUCGAUUACUGCCAACACUUCCAAAAUCUACAAAAACAUUUUUGUACACAGACAAUAGACUUCAACCUACUAGAAACCGACAUGGUAAUUCUUUACCCAACUGUCAAAACUUCGUGGAAAGUCUUAAAAGACUGAAAAAUGACCUUUUAAGGCCGCGAGACGUGAACUAUCAGGUGUCGAGACUGUCGAUCGAUCACAGGAUAAUUUUAUUGAUUACAGCUGGCGCGAGGGACGGUGGCGGCAGAAGGUAUCCUGUGAUUGUGUUCGUGCAUGGCGAGAGCUACGAAUGGAGCAGUGGAAAUCCUUACGAUGGCAGCGUCCUGGCAAGUUACGGGGGCGUCGUCGUCGUCACCAUCAACUAUAGACUCGGUAUUCUAGGCUUUCUAAACGCCAACACAGACUCGCACUUACGCUCGCCAGCGAAUUACGGUCUGAUGGACCAGAUCGCAGCGUUACACUGGGUACAGGAGAAUAUCGCUUAUUUUGGGGGCGAUCCCAAAAACGUCACGCUGGUAGGACACGGUACCGGCGCCGCUUGCGUGAACUUCCUGAUGACCAGCCACGCGGUUCCUGAUGGUCUGCUGUUUCAUCGAGGCGUUCUGAUGUCAGGCAGCGCGCUUUCACCGUGGGCGUUAGUGAGAGGCGCCGCCAAUUACGCCAUGCAGGUCGCCAAACACCUAAAUUGUUCGUCGGUAGCGGAAGAUCCUCAGGCCCUGUUAAGAUGUCUGAGAGAUGUGUCCUUGAGUGAAUUAGUAUCGGUGCCUAUUAAAGGAUUGGAAUUCGCGCCAGCUUUUGGCCCCAGUAUAGACGGCGUUAUAAUCGAUCCUGGCGAUCCCGAGGAUCAGGACUACACCCUGCAAGUCGACACGAUCAAUACGCUCAACAACAUCCUUCUGAGAAAGGACGUCGUCGCGAAACUGUCGAGGUACGAUUUGAUGGUGGGAGUUGUUCGUUCCGAGGCAUAUUUUUCGUUAACCGCCGACGAUGCUCAGUACGGGAUUGAGGCUGAUAGAAGGACAAAGAUUCUGCGCGAAUUCGUGCGGAACACGUAUACGUAUCACCAGCCGGAAAUUCUAGCAACUAUAAUAAACGAGUAUACGGAUUGGGAACGACCUGUGCAACAUCCCGUCAAUAUUAGGGACGAGACUCUCGAGGCCCUGGGGGACGCGAAUACAGUCGCUCCGGCAACGAGAACCGCGGAUCUUCACAGUCAAUCCCACAGGAACUCCUAUUUAUAUGUCUUCGACUAUCAAACGAAAUUCGGAGACUAUCCUCAGAGGCCGGGAUGUAUCCACGGGGAGGAGCUGCCAUAUUUUUUCGGAGCGCCCCUAGUUGGAGGUUUGUCUCAUUGGCCGAAGAACUAUACUAGAGCCGAGAUAGCGCUCUCCGAGAGUGUGAUACUCUAUUUGACAAACUUUGCACGUACCGGAAAUCCGAACGAGGGUACUCCUGAUCCAGGACCUCUCGGUUCCAGACCGGAAAGGACCAAGUUUAAAAAUAUCGACUGGACCGCUUAUGAGGCCGUCCAUAAAAAAUAUCUUAGCAUAGAGCUGAAAUCGAAACUGAAGAAUCACUACAGGGCCCAUCGCCUUUCUUUUUGGCUGAACUUGGUGCCCGACCUUCACAAACCCGGUUCAGAUGACGUUCCUAGGUCUCAUCAUCUUCUCGAUGCCGAGCAGGUGCCACCCAGAUUCAUUCAGAGGCUACCAACAACUGCGAGAACGACUACGUUGGAGGUAACAUCUAUUGAGAAAUCCUCGUCCAACACGUCAACGAUUAUGCCGAGCGACAUUACUUUCGAGGAUUCCACGGCGUUACCCGAGGAUGGCUUCGCGGCGUAUUCCACCGCCCUGAGCGUGACAAUCGCGAUCGGCUGUAGUCUGCUGAUCUUGAACGUACUCAUAUUCGCCGGGGUGUAUUAUCAACGCGACAAGAGCAACCACCAGCACCACGGCUGCUCGAAGAAGCGCCAGGAGAACGGUCAAAUGCCGAACAAUAUUUGCGGCGAGCUGGAGACCAAGACCGCCGAACGACAUCACAUCCAGCACAUACCACCGCCGGAAUUUGCUGACCUCCAGAACAAUACCUGUCACGUGCCUAUGCCGCCCCCGCCACCGAAAAAUACGAAGCCCGGCAAGCCUGGCCAGAACCUCAUCAUCAGUCCCAACCAGCUACAGCAGGAGAGCUUGGCCAUGACCGGCACUGGGACCUUGAAGAAGGGACACAAUCAUCCUCAGGUCAUGGAGGAGUUAAGGGUCUGACUUUAGGAGACCGCGCGGCCACCGAACUAACAUGGCCGCGAGGAAAUUAGGAUCCUGAAACAAUCGUCAGGGAAUCACUUCGAAAUGGGAAUCACUUUCCAAUUAUCAAUCUGACCAUGGACAUAAUCAGGAUACUCAAGAAGAAAUACAAUCAUUGCCAGGUCACAAAGAAGCUGAGAGUCAGAUUCUAGUGAAUACCAAAACUUUUAGAUUAGAAACCGUCGAGUGUCGGGAAACCUACUGAGAUGACUCUUCAGAAUGUUCUUCGUCAAUGGUUUGGCCAUCAGAAGUGGCAAAAUCGUGCAGAAGGAACCGCAAGACGAUUAAAAGAGACAAAGUCUGAAAUCAAAAACGGAAAAUCAUUUCAGGAAUAAUGUUAUCUAACGAUACUCGACGGAAAAUGGAACAAUUCUUCAAAGUUUUUCGAAGCGUGAUAUUGUCGAUAGAUAGGAAGUGGUAAAGGAUGAAAAGUAAAUGGAGGACUUUCAUUGUUAUGUGAGAAGUACAUAUUAGUGCCAGGGGCAUGACUGGGAUUUUGAACCUGGAAGCUAACUGCUGGCCUUUAUUGUAGACCCAGAAAGUCGAGGUCCAGUCGUUUGGGCCAAGCAGUGUUGCUUCCGUUCGCUAGUUGCUGCCCCUGUAUUAGUGGCACCGCCAUACUGUUAUCGUUUUCUACCUUUCGAAUUUGCGACCAACUGCCGAAAAUCACAUAGUCUUCGAUGGAUAGACAAAUCUGCGUUAAGUAGGACUCU